CUGCCCAAGGUUGUAGAACUCCAUGGGAGCGCUCGGCAGGCAGAGGCUGGCCAUUAGGUUUCUCUAGUGACCUUGAAGAACCUACUCUUGCGGCCACAGCUUUACAGACCCGAACACCAAGAAGCAAUACCCAUGCGGUCUGGAAAGUUCCCGAAAGCGCAGGAUUGAAGGUCCAAGAUGGAUGAUCAGGAUCCUGGGGGCAUUAGCCUCCUUCAACAAAUGGUGGCCUCAGGGGCUGGGGCUGUGGUCACCUCUCUCUUUAUUUUGUCUCCUUCCCUAGUGACACCCCUGGAUGUGGUAAAGGUCCGCCUGCAGUCUCAGAGGCCUUCGGUACCCAGCGAGCUAACACCUCCCUCAAGAUUCUGGAAUCUCUCCUAUACCAAAUCACCCUCCACUCUACAAUCCCCAGGGAAAUGCCUCCUUUACUGCAAUGGUGUCUUGGAGCCCCUGUAUCUGUGUCCAAAUGGUCCUCGCUGUGGUACCUGGUUUCAAGAUCCUACCCGCUUCACCGGCACUGUGGGCUGUGUGCAGAGGCUGAUCUUGCUCGUGAUCUUGCUCAUGUUCACCUUCUUCUCCUUUGGAUGGUGCCUGCUUCAUCAGGAUGCCUUUGUGAAAAUUGUGAGACAUGAGGGUACCAGGACCCUGUGGAGUGGCCUCCCAGCCACCUUAGUGAUGACUGUACCAGCCACCGCCAUCUACUUCACUGCCUAUGACCAGCUCAAGGCCUUCCUAUGUGGUCAUACCCUGACCUCUGACUUCUACGCACCCAUGGUGGCUGGCGCCCUGGCCCGCAUGGGCACUGUGACAGUGAUCAGCCCCCUAGAGCUUGUGAGGACCAAGCUGCAGGCUCAGCACGUGUCAUAUCGGGAGCUAGCCACCUGUGUUCAAGCUUCAGUGGCUCAGGGGGGCUGGCGCUCACUGUGGCUCGGCUGGGGUCCCACAGCCCUUCGAGAUGUGCCCUUCUCAGCUCUGUAUUGGUUCAACUAUGAACUGGUGAAGAGCUGGCUGAAUGGGCUGAGACCAAAAGACCAGACAUCAGUGGGCGUCAGCUUUGUGGCUGGUGGCAUCUCAGGAACGGUGGCUGCCACCCUCACACUACCCUUUGAUGUGGUGAAGACACAGCGGCAGGUCGCACUGGGAGGUGUGGAGGCUGUAAGAGUGAAGCCUCCAAGAGUUGACUCCACCUGGCUCCUGCUUCAGAGAAUCAGGGCUGAAUCAGGCACCAAAGGACUCUUUGCAGGUUUCCUCCCAAGGAUCAUCAAGGCUGCUCCUUCGUGUGCCAUCAUGAUCAGCACUUACGAGCUUGGCAAAAGCUUUUUCCAGAGGCUCAACCAGGAACAGCCUCUGAGCCACUGAAAGGCAAGGAGCCACCCAGCAUAGUGGGAGCAGGAGACUGAGCCAAGUGCCUUUCCCUCCCAAUGCAGUCACCAGGCUGCCGUCACAAUUCGAUUCCUACUGUUCCUUUUCCCCAGAUCACCAUUUCCAUGUUCAAGACCAAAUCUGACAACUGCCCCUUC